AAUUAAAUCAUGUACCGCCUUUUCAAUGUGACAAAGUGUCACAGUGACGCGUCCAGAAUCAUGGAAGAAUUCAUCGAAAAGCACUGUUACAAUUUCAACAAUUUCCUGCGGAAGGCCAAGUACGAUUUCGAGGCGCGCCUCUCAUCCCCCAUCCAAGCGGCGGACUUCGAGGAUUUCAAACUGGUCAGGCUAAUAGGCUCUGGAUCGUUCGGCAAGGUCGUCAUGUGUCGAUAUAAGGACAACGAUCGCCUCUACGCCAUGAAGAUUAUGGAAAAAGUUAAUGUGGUUAAGACGAAGCAAGUGUACCAUACUAUUUCUGAAAUUCGACUUUUAGACGCUCUUAGAUUUCCGUUUAUUAUUAAUUUGGAGUACUUUUUUAAAAAUAACGUUUACUUAUUUAUCGUGAUGCCUUUCAUAAACGGCGGGGAGAUGUUCUUCCACCUGCGGGCGGCCAAGAAGUUCGAGGAGAGCCUCUCGAAAUUCUACGCGGUACAAGUACUGCUCGCCCUCGAGUACUGCCACAACAUGGGCGUCGUCUACAGGGACCUCAAGCCGGAGAAUAUCCUCAUCGAAUCCAGCGGGUACCUAAAAAUCACCGAUUUGGGAUUCUGCAAGAGGAUAGACAGUCAGAGAACGUACACUCUUUGCGGUACUCCGGAGUAUUUGGCGCCGGAGAUAAUCCUGAGCCAAGGCUACAACUACUCGGUUGACUGGUGGUCGUACGGGAUACUGUUGUUCGAGAUGAGCGCGGGUUUUCCCCCGUUCAACGCGCGCGACCACCUGCGACUCUACGAGAAAAUCGUGUCGGGGAAGUACGUGCACCCGCCGCACUUUUCCCGCGCCCUCAAGGACCUCACGACGCACUUCCUGCAACUGGACAGGAGCAAAAGGUACGGCGUGAUCCGCGGCGGUACCAAAGAGAUCAAAAGCCACGAUUGGUUCAAGAGCGUCGAUUUCGAAAUGAUUUUGGAGAGACGAAUGAGACCGCCGUUCAUUCCGCAGGUGCAGAGCAUCGGCGAUACGAAGUACUUCGAUAAUUACGGGAGGAUCGUCCUGAGGCACGGUUCGUACAACGAGUACGAAGAGGAGUUUAGCGAUUUAACUCUUAGGAGAUCUGCACUACAGAAAAUACAUAAUAUCACUAAUUUACCCGUUUUUGUCGAGUCUAUAAAUCCCACACGUUCUUCUAUAUAUACAGCGUGAUGAAAUUGGCAAACUAACUCCAUUGAUUUGGAUUAUUUGGAGUUGAUGUCAGAACUCGGGCAAGUCAUUACUUUGAUGUACAUUUACUUUAAGUAAUGAUACUGCGAAAUCUAUUUAAAAACUGGGCUGAAUUUUGUUAAUUCAUCGACUUUGGUGGGAUGUUUCUUUUUGUUACAAUAAAAGUAAAAUUUCC